GUCGGUUAAUCGAAGAAGCCCGAUAAUUAUUGAUCCAACGGACGCAUCUCCGCGCCCAGCGCCAUGAAUGGGUGGCAGUCUGUCUGUCAUGUCAUGUGUCUUCUGCCUCUGUUUUUUUUCCUUUCCUUCUCUCGAUUUCUGCGUGAAUCUCAGGCCACCAUAAAAAAAAAUACAAAGAUCGGACCUCCCUCUUCCUCCCUCUUCCCACUUCCCAUAUCUAAUAGUGUAUCAUCGCCGGCGACUCCCUUAAUCCUCCAGAGUCCUCAGCUCACACCGCGUCCUUUGAUUCUUUUCUCGGCCCCGGUUUCGGCUGGGAGCUCGCUCAGGCUUUUCUGAAUCGGAGAUGGCGAGUGGAAAUGCAGACAAGGAAAUGAUGGUGGAGCAAGAGGGUGGUCAACUCGAUCAACACGCUGGGAACAACGAGAGCGGAGAUCCCAAAGUCUCCGAUGGAAACGCCGACAACAACCCUUCUCCCUCGCCGGAGCAGGAGGAGCAAAUAAUUCGGAGCAAGUAUGGAGGGAUUCUGCCCAAGAAGAAGCCAUUGAUAUCCAAGGAUCAUGAGCGUGCUUUUUUUGACUCUGCGGAUUGGGCACUGGGAAAGGGAGCACAAAAGCCUAAAGGACCUCUCGAAGCUCUCCGCCCCAAGUUGCAGGUAAAACCAAAUCGACAGCAGCAUUCAAGAGCCAGGCGAUCGGCCUAUGCUCCUGGUGAAGGUGGAAUGGCAGCUGAGGAUGGGACUUCCCCCACAGACGAUGAACCUGGUCGAUCGGGCGAAUCAGCUGCUGCUGCAGAGGAGCAUAUGGAGCAAUCCCAAGUUCAAUAGAGUUUCUCCCCUCACUCAUCCAGAGGUUGAUUUUUGCUGUUGUUCAAUGUGCUUCGUGGGUUUCGGGGCUGAACAUGAACUAGACAAGGAAGGGUGGAUUUUCUGAAUAACCAGGCGUUGAGAUGUUUUUCUUGUUUUGCUGCAUCUGUUUUCUGUUACUGAGAUGUUCUUGAUACCGAGUCUUCAGAACUACUUGAGGAAGAUUGAAUCGAACCGAGAGAAGUCCAGGUUUUGUUUUGUAUGUUGAUCUCCUCUUUCUUGUCUCUGCUGUUAAGAAUACUGAUCUGCACAAGUCGUGCCAUUCAA